AUGUCUUCUGAAUCCGUCAGAGGAGUAAAAGCCCGAUGUCGUACGGCAGAACAACAAUCGCACCAAAGCGAGAGCAUUCUAAUCAAGGAAAUUGAUAAUGUCAAUGGAAUGCAUUUUCUGGUGUCAGCCAACGAUUUUGCUCCCCAUUCAUUUAGGAAAACCAACGGUGAAAUUAGUGGUAAUCAUUACAAAGUGCUUGAAUCUGGAGCCUUGAGGUUCAACUUUACCUACAGUUUAGAAAUAUCAGAAGGGAAGAGUACGGGCGUGAAACUGGGCAAUGGUUCUUGGUCUGGAAUGAUGAACGACAUCACAGAAGGUGCUUGUGAUAUUGCUCUUGUGAUCGCUGUGACUGAAAAUCGAAUGAAAGCUGCGGAUUUCACAACUCCCAUGGGAGUGUCCCAUUUAAUUUUUGUAUCAACAGUUCCUUUCAAGUCCGUCAGCAACGUUGCCCUUUUGACCCCACUUCACUACAAGGUUUGGAUAUUUAUCGGGAUUGCUUUCACCUUCCAGACCUUGGGCAUCUAUCUCAUGUUGAAGUUGAGAGAUGAUGACGCUAAUGGCGAAAGCUUCCUCGACGUUGUUUUGUGGACGAUUGGACUUUCCACCGAACAAUCUUUCCCCCUUCCAAAACACAUAAAGUCAAUAGCCGUCAUCUGGGUCGCCUUUGUGCUUAUCAUUGGAACGGGGUAUAAAUGCAACUUGGCGUCAUUUUUGUCAACCCCGGAACCCUUGAGAAAACCAGUAACAUUUCUCCAACUUCACAACGCUACUCAGUAUUCCGUGUACUUUGACAUAUCCGGAAUCUCUGGGUAUGAUUUUUUCCGAAAAAGUGAGCAGACUUGGAUCAAGGAUUUGAGGAAGAGGAUUGUCCCAACCAGUAGCACUUCCGACUGCGUCAUAAGCUCAUUCAACGAUCGCACGAGCGUCUGUAUUGGGUGGGACAUUAGCUUACCUGUCGCUGUUGCAAAAAAUCUUAGCGUUCCAUAUAAACACAAGGUCACAAUGUACCAAAGCAUGGAAUACAUAGUGCUCACCUACCCAAGCAUUGCGUUUAGAAAAAACUUUGCAUUUAAAAAUCUUUUUAAUUUUAUUGGAAUGUCCUGCUUCGAAGCAGGGUUGAUUCAAAAAUGGACCAAAGAUGCUGUCGACUACUUUAUCUGCAAUGGCAAGCAAUGGUCUCCGAGUGUGAAUGGAACCCACUUUUACGAACAACUUCAAAACUUUUACAAUUACGAGAAUAAUAGUGAGAACAAUCAGGCUUUGAGAAUGAAACACUUUACCACAUUGUUUCUCUCAUUCAUUUUAGGUCUCGCUUUUGCAACUGCAACUUUCCUUUGGGAAUUAAUUACUUAUUAG